AGUGGGCGUUUGCAGUCCUGAACUUUGGUUAUCAGAGCUGGUUAUCUAUUGUCUACACUAGCCAGUUAAGAAUAAAGAAAAUGAUCUUUAUCGAUGUCUCGAUUAUACUGAAGUCUUCAUUCGAUGUUUGAUUUAAAUUUCUUCCAAAACCUAGGUCCAAUGUGAAAGAAUUUAUUAUUUUAUGACUAAACCAAAUGGAUUAUUUAUAACAUGAAAAUCACGAGAAUGAGAGUUAUCCAACUUAGAAGUAGCAGACAUUCUUAUGUGAUUAUAUUUGUUGUCUCCCUUGUAACUAUUAUCUUUGUGUUUCGCUCCAAGCUUCAUGAGGAUACACACAGCGAUAUCCUGCUCAAAGAAAGAAAUGAUUUAUCUCACAGACUGAAUGAUAUCUUGAGGCUAUAUGGUCAACAACAUUGUGAACUAUUGAAAAUGAAAAUGGAAGAUUCUCGAGUAUCUCAGCGUGGCGGUUGGUGUUGGUCAAUGAGUAGUCCAGACAGCCAAGAGCACAAGUGGGAUAAGGGCUUUGCUAAUGCCCUAAGCUCAUUUCUGAAAGGUAAAACAGUGGGCAGUUUCGGGGAUGGGCCAGGCGCUUACAAAUCAUACCUGGACUCACUGGGAGAAGUGAGAAACUAUACAGCUUAUGACGGAGCCCCAUACAUUGAGGACGUCACCAAAGGUCUGGUAAAAUUCUUAGAUCUGACAUCCCCCCAGUACGAUGUGCCCAUCUUUGACUGGGUGCUGAGUAUAGAGGUCGGCGAACACAUACCGCCCCAGUACGAGGACACUUACCUGGACAAUUUGGCCCGGCACGCGAGAGAAGGCUUGAUAUUAAGCUGGGCAAGCCCAGGACAAAAUGGUUUGUCUCACGUGAACACAAAGCCUCUAGCAGACGUGGUCCUCCAGAUGAACAGAAGAGGCUUCACUUUGAACGUCAAGGCUGGAGAGCUCCUGAGAAAUGCUUCGACUUUCUAUUGGCUAAGGAAUAAUGUCAACGUGUAUCACAGGGCUUCAAUAACCUCCCUUGAUGAGCUCAGAGCUUGAGAGUAAAAUAAAGCUAGAUUUAAAUAAGAUACUGCUACUCUAGUACUUCAGUCGUCUUUAGCCCCCCCCCUCCCCCCCCCUGUUGUGACAGGUGCUGCGCUGUUGAUGUUUUCAAGAAUUGCAUUUACGUU